AUGGUUCUGUCACGAGAUCAGUGUCAAAUACGCUGCAAAUCUUCAUCUUUACUUGAUUUGGAAGUUUUAAGCUUCACAAACUGUCAACUUUCAGGCCCUUUAGAUGAUUCCCUUGAGAAAUUACAAUCACUUUCUGUCAUUAGUCUAGCUCUAAACAAUUUAAGUGCUAGAGUUCCAGAUUUCUUUGCACAUUUCAAGAACUUGACAGUUAUAAAACUUGGUUCUUGUAACUUGAUUGGAACAUUUCCUGAAAAGGUUCUCCAGCCACAGAGUUUACAGAUUCUUGAUUUAUCAGCUAACAAGAAUCUUAGCGGUAUGAUUCAUAAGGACAUCUUUCAAGAUAUUCAAAAUCUUAUUUCGGUUGAUUUAGGAGUUAAUGAUUUUGAUGGAAGGAUACCUUCAUCUUUGUUCUCCUUGCAAAAAGUGCAACAAAUACAGCUUUCCAAUAACAAUUUCGCUUGUGUGCUUGAUAAUUUUAUGAAUCCAUCGUUAUCCUUAUUAGAUACACUUGAUUUGAGUUGUAACAAACUUGAAGGAGAAAUGCCAUAA